CUUUCAUUUUCUCAAGAGAAAAGAUGGGUUGGUGUUAUGAUGUGAAUAUAGUGCUGUUUUAAUGAUGUAGAUGGAUAUUUCAAGAUGAUCAGCGAUGGCUUCAGCAUUAGAAAGACAUACCGUGAAAGAGAAAAUCCUAGAGAACGUCGCUAAAGCCGUCAAAAGUAUUCAAGGUAAAUAUGUAACAGCUGAUCCUGAAAAUCCUGUCUUCCUCGGAAAUGAUGAUGAGUCUUGUCAGAAGUUAUGUGACAACCUUGAUCGUGUUUUCUUGCAUGGGCUGAAGCACAUACAGCGUGGAUACCUGAGAGUGGUGUCAGAAUUCACAGACAAGCAAACCAUCAAAAAGAUAAAACAGCUUCAGAAUGUUACAACAGACUUGGGAAGAGGAAGAGCCUGGCUGUUCAUGGCAUUAAAUGAUUGUUUGCUGGAGAGCUAUGUAAGGUGUUAUGAGGAAAAUAUCAAAACUGUUCGAAAACACUACGUCAAAGAGGCCCUGCUUUUAAAUCAACAGAGUGUUAAUGUGUUGUUAACUCUGACUGCAGGCUUAGAGUUUGUAGUGUUUCAGUUGGAAUAUGACCUACCCUAUCUGGACCUGGGGGUGUCUCCCCGCCCCCGAUCUGUCUCCCAGCUAUCAGCCCAGAUUGACGACGAUCGUGUGUCACUGUGCAGUAUGGAUAGCAUUGCCUCAAUCAGACCCUCGAAUGCCUACUCUUCCAUAGAAACUUGUUCUGACACAAGUGAUACAAGCAGCAUUGAUCCAAAUCUCCACUUGCUGAAGAAUGACAGCUGUGCGGAGAAUAAGGCUCAGCGACUGGACUCAGUUGUGGCUGGUGAGCUCGAGAACUCGCAGGAAGAACCAAGCAUUGAGGUUAUUAGACUCAAAGGGCAUAGCAAACAUGGGCAUAGCAAAAAACGAAAAUCAAAGAAAAAAAGUGCCUCUCCUGUACUCAUUGAACCUUUAGAUGAAUAUGAGGAGGAAUUUGUGGAAACUGUGGAGGAAAAGUCAGUGGAAGAUCCACAGCCUGAAGUUAAAACUGUGGAAAAAGAGAAAGAACCAGGGUAUGUCUCCAAAUUUAGAGAAGAGGAAAAGCUACAAGAUAUUCUGAGUUCUAUUGGAGAAAGUCACACAAUACACAGAAAUGAAUCAUCGGAGAAUGAUUUCAACAGUCUGAUAGAUAGUGAAGUGGAUGGCUCUCAAGAACAUGUCAAGGAAAUGAAUGGAGUUACUUCUAGUGUGUGUGAGAGUGAGAAUAAAUCCACGGAGGUUGAUGUGUACAAAAGUCAGGAGGUAAAGGAAUAUGAUUUCAGUGAAGUGGAUGAAGUGAGUGAAAAAAUCAAUGAUUUUCAUAUUGAAAACAGUUCUGUAAACCAAAAAGUUCAGAAACAAAGUGAUGAGACUGAUGUGUGUAUGUCUAGUAUUGGGAAUGUGCAAUAUAGUAUUUCUAAUAACCAUGACAAUGUAACCUGUGAUAUUAAAGACAAUUUAUAUGGCAGUAUUAAUGAAGAUGUAGACAACAAGCAACCAGACAGCAAAACACAGACUAGUAAUGAAAAAGAUAGUGGCCCAGAUAGUCAGAGCAGUGAAGUGACAAAGAGUACAUCAGAUGAUCUAAGUAUAUACUCCUCUAGUUUUUCUACAGCAGAUAAACCAUCUUCAGCUUCUCUGAUGCAAGACAUGGUGGAUAACAUAAUCAGCCAAUCAGAUGCCACGUUACAACCACACAUGUUUGAGGAAGAGCCAGAGGAGUUGACGCUGAGUGUAGAGAAAGAUGUCAACCAACUCCAUCCUGGGGAAGUUAGGUUAGAGAACAACACUAGGUUGGAGCUUAUGCUGAAUAUAUUUGAAAAUUCAGAGGAAAAAUUUGUAAGGAUGUACGUGUCACGGCUGGGUCACACGGACGGAGAUGACCACCCUGUGUUCAUACUUCUCACUGACCACGGAAUCUACCUCCUCAACCAAAACCAAAGCAACUUUACAUUCAUCAAGGACUGCUCUAUACCAUACUCUUCUAUAGACUACAUCUCUUUAACAAUCUCGGACCAGAUUAUCCACAUUGUGUGUAAGAAACGAAGAAACCAGUACUGGCUAACAACAGGAAGUCAGCAAGUCACAAGGUGUAUCGUAGACUGCAUACAGGAUCAGAUGAAGCAUCUACAGGACAAACAGAUCAGUGUGCUGUCUGAUGCCAAAACUCAGAUGAUAGCACUGAGAAAGCACAUAGCCAAGGAAAGCAGCUGUGAAACAUCGGAAGUGGAAAUUGCUUGCUAUUCUUUGGUACACUGGGGAUCCGAUUUAGAAUCCAAGAAACACAAAGUGGACACAGCCUAUCGGGAGGGGCACCUGCUAUACAGAGUAGUGGAUUCCUCCGGGGGGCUGUCAGGGAUCAGCAGUCAGAUAUUAAAUACAGUACAGGACCCCAAGUCUCUAUUGUAUGGACAGAGCUGGAAAUCAGCAUAUGUUAUAUUGAGAGAUGGAAUGUUGUGUGUGUACUUUGAGAAGAACGGGAAGCCCGCCAUGUUUGUCCACAUGGGUGAUGACUGUACCGGGUGUCGCCGCGCCAGUAAGUCUGACAGGGACCACUCUAUAGAGGUCAUAAAACAGGACGGGUCGUCGUGGCAGUUCGCAUUAGCCAAUGAAGAAGAGGCUAAUGACUGGCUACAGAGAUUAUGUCAGGCCGUGGCCGAGGGCUUACAGAAAAAAGAAUUGGCUAAGCCAAGCUGUCUGCCCUGCUGUGCUAUCCUGACCUCCAACAAGCUCUUCCUUUUUCAUGAGGAUCUACAAAUCAGUUUCUUCAGAACGCUGGGCAGUGCUAAUAUAGCUGAUAUUGUGUGUGUUCUUAUUGAUCCUGCAGUCAACACCUACUGUAUAUUGGAGUUUGAGUCCUAUGAUGGUGGACAUAGUCAAGACAAAUGGGUGUUCUACUUCAAUGAUGAGGCUGAGAAAGAGAGGUUUUGUCAAGUGCUGUCCGACAUCUGGAUAAAAUUUUUCCAGAUUGAGGAGAUGCCUGUGUUUGAGAUUGAAGAUUUCUCCUUGCAAAGAACAUGUAGAAUGACUGCCACACAGCUGGAGAACUCCCUCAAAGUCAGGGAACAAAAACGAUGAAAAUGUACAGCAGGAAAACUGAAGCAAAUUAAGACAAGGACAAAAAAGAAAAUACAGAGUAUUAUCAAUAUCCUGUUGGUUGUUACUCAUUUUAACUUGUGAAAAAAGGGAUGUCUUUUUUUUUAGAAAAAGAAACCUUAUGCAAUAUUGAAAAGCUGUGAUUAUAAUUUUUUCUUUUAAGUGGAGAGAAUGGGAAAGUUUGAGAUGGGCUGCAAGGAGAGCUUGCAUGGCUGCAAAUUAUUUUAAUAGCCAUCUUUAUUUGAAGAUGCAUUGUGGUAAAUGUAUUUAUUUUCAUUUAUUUCAGCAAGUAUCAGUGAAUUAUUUUAAGUGCUGUUCUUUGUUUUCUUGCAAGGUACUCAAUUACAUGUACAUGUAAAUUAUUGUGAAAAUUAAAUGGUUGGUAUUGUUUAUUUUUAUGUUGCACUGCUAAGACUGUUUUUAAUAAAAAG